AAAGUUUGUUACGGAUGCUUCAGCUGUGUGCAGCUUGAACAUGAUCGUGAUGUUUAACGUUCUUUUUUCCGUGCUUUUCACAGCUAUUGUCUCGCAGUCUAUACACGAGGCUCGUUGGCUGCCAUGUCACUUUAUAGACGAAUAUGCUGAGAUCUUCGAGAAACAAGGGAAAACAAAAUUUCGAGAUGCCAGGCUGCAGUUUGGCCAGCCCGGAGACAGUCCUGUCCAUUCGGAGUUAAUAACUUUCCUGGUCACAGCAUCUAAGGUGGACAUGCGACGAUACAUUAAAGGUGGAUUGGACACUCUUCAAUGCGAGGUGCGCAGGCACUACUCGGGCGGGACGCCGGUGCGCUGGCCCAAGUUGGGAGCCCAGGAGCACGACAACUGGUUUACCUGCACACUGCACCACACGGAGGGACUCUUUGUCAUCACUUCUGUCCUCAGACAGAGUUCCAAUGUUCGCAAUGUUAUGCAGCCAGGCCUCCAACAUUGGAUUCAACAGUGGGUUCCAGUUGCAGAUAAAGACAUAAUCAGCACCACAGCUGUAAUGUUGAUGUUCACCAACACCCCCACUGUGGUGGUCGGCCUGAUGAAGGAGCAGACCCUGAACUGUGAGUUUGCUGUAGACCACAAGGCAGCCCACCUCACUGUGGAGUGGCACCUGCAGCGCAAAGGCAACCGCUCCAAGCUCUUCAGCUACUCCAGCCACACGGGCCAGAGUGAGGGCAGUGGUGUGUCUGUGAAGGCCAUUGCUAAGGGAGACGCGUCUCUCAAGAUCCCCUUUACAAAUAUAACUAGUGAGGGCACCUACGUCUGCUCUGUGCACGUACCUCCAAUCUCUGGCAGCCACUACAUACAACUGAACAUCAAGGAGCUGCCCCGUUUGUCCCUCAACGUGAACUCUCAGGUGUCUCUGUCUGUGGGGGAGUUACUGCGGGUGGAUUGUGAGGCGACAAACUACUACCCGCACGAUGUGCACAUGGAGUGGUUGAAGGAGUCUCUUACCCCGGGAGCAAGCCGCAUGCCUGAGGUGCUGAACAAUACCACGUUCUCCAGCCACCACCGCAAGCAGAAUUACACCUACUCCCACAUUGUCUCUUACCUGCUCAAGCCCACCCUCCAGGACUCUGGGUACCGCUACUCAUGCAGGCUGUCUCACCAUGCUCUGCAAAUGCACAUCCAGAAGAGCUUCACCCUCAGUGUCACGGAUAAGGAUUCAUAUCUCUGGUACAUACCUCCUAUUCUGACUAUACUUGGAAUCCUGGGUUUCCUCUUGAUCAGACGACGUGCAGUACCAAAAGGACCUAAGGGUGUGUAUGGCCGCGCCUAGAACUGAAGGGUAAACAUGUGGGUUUUAAAAUAUGGCACACUAAUUGGGGACAAUCCCAUGUUUCUGUUUACACCUGAAGCACUCCAACAACAGGUUCAUGUUGGAGUUUAUGCAUUUUUGAGUUGGUUGCCAAAAGUGAAAUAUCAUUGGAUUCCUUGGAUCAAUUGAAGUACAACGCACACUAUGACAGUGGAAAUCAAAAUUUUGGAAGAUGACUGAUCCAUUUAAUUUUGGAUUAAAAGAACCAAACUGUUUUAGCCUA